AUGAAGGGAUACUACUUGACGUAUGUCUCAAUUUUGAUUUUCUUUUUUUUUACAAAGCCGAUAUGCAAUGAGAAUCUCCUUUCCAUGGAGAGGAUCAAACAGAGCAUGCGGAAAAAUAAUGUGUUGGAUGAAUUGAAAGGAUUUUCGAACUUGGCAUUAUUUUAUUUGUACAACGCCUUAAGGUGCACAUUAACACAAGAAAUUUUUGAGGCAUAUGAAGAUGAAACAUAUAAGAAAGCGAUAUUUCUCGUGAAGCAUAAUUUUAUACAACUGAUGCGUAGAAAAAAUGAUAGGAAUUUGUGGUUGUUCUUUGAGCUCAAACUUUCCGAAUCGUUAUUAUUUUCAAUUGGUGAAAUAGAGGCAAAUAUGAGGAAUAAUGGAAUGGGGUUUCAAGAAAUGUACAACGAGCUCAUACUAUCUGAUCCUUCCUUCAGCCGUGUAUCAAACCUAGAGAUGAACAUAUGCUCCAGUCAUAUUUUUUUUGUUGAGAAGACUAGUUUACAUUUGACCCUUGUCCCUUUUUUAUUGGAAGAAACGGACAUAACAGCGAAAUUAUACACAGAGGAAGUAAAGGAGUCGCUACGGAAGACAUUAAAUUUGUUUAACUUUUACAUGCUGCAAAUAAAUGAGCAUAACGUAAAAAUUUCGAAUAUGUAUAAAAAGGAGAUAAAUAUUUUCCUCAAAGUGAAAGACCAAUUUGAUUCGAUUUCUAUAAAUGAAGAUAAUAUUCUUGAAUUGUACGAUGAAAUUCAUUUAAAAAAUAAGUAUGGAAAGAUGUUGCUUUCUAAUUUUUUUAUUUUUUUAAAAAAAUUUUUAUUUUACCAAGUUAUCAACCAAUUUGAUUAUUUUCAUUAUAUAGAAAUAAUGCCUGUGUAUAUAAGAACAAAAAAUGGCACCAUGAAAUCCAGAAAUUAUAAUAUGGAGAAUAUAUUUUAUUCUUUGGUUGAAAAUGAAUAUAAGAAUGACUUACAAAUUAAUGAAGGAAUAAUACUUAUACGAAUCUUAAAACAGUACAAUAUAGAUAGUUAUAGAAAACGGGUUUACUAUUAUGAUUCGAAUUUUAUAUAUAAUGCCAUUAUGCACGAAGUACAUUUGUCUUAUUCUUCCUCUUCUACAUUUUCUAGUGUAAAAUUUGAGCCCCUACACUCACAAAAUGCCGAUGUGUCCAAACAGUUUCUAUCUUCAGAUCAAGAUAUAACAUUAAGUCUUAUUCUACUUGUCAAGAAUGACACAAACGUAAAAGAAUUUCUUGAACAGAUUUACUAUUUCGUUUUUCCAGAGGAAAUCUUUUUGGUUAGUCGGGAGUUAGAUAAACACAGAAUUAAAAUUAUGGGUUCUUGCAUCUACACCAAAGAAUCUCAGCCUCCAAUUUUUCAGGGAUUCUUUUCGAGGGGACUUAGCACAUACAUAUUGUUCAAAAUUCUGUCAUUUUUAAAACCACACAAGAAGCUCCUUUAUCUAUCGAUAGAAAAGGCACAGGACAGUAAAAACCAAAUAAGUUCUGAGAAAAUAGCCGAGCGCAUUUUGAACGUGACUCAGCAGCUUUACGAGGUUGUGCUCCUCUUUGAGCGAGACGCAAUUAUAAAAUUUGGGAAAUUUGAGCAUAGCGACGAAUGUGAUAUGUGCUUGUUGGGGUACCGAGGAUUGUACACUUUAUACAUGUGUAUAUUUAUCCCAAUUUUGAUAAGCAUAUUUAUUUGCUAUUACUUGCAUAAAAAGAAAAUUGGCUUGAAACAUAGCGUGCCUAAAAAGAAAAUUUCUCUUUUCCCUGGCAAGAUGAAAUCAAUUGAGCCAAAUAUAGUUACUCUUGACUUGUAA